AUGACUUGCAUUGAGUUUACUGUAAACGGGGAAAAAUGUACAGUUACCAACGACCUUCACUGGGAGACGACCUUGUACACAUACUUGACGUACCACCUGGGUCACUCCGGAACAAAGGCCAUGUGCAAGCAGGGAGUGUGCGGAGCCUGCAUUGUGAAUGUGACUGCGCAAAGGGAGACCAGUGGCACUGUUGAGACUUUCUCCGUUAAUUCCUGUCUGGUGCUUAUAUUCUCCUGUCACGGAUGGGACAUUACUACUAUAGAGGGAGUGGGCAACCGACGGAAGGGAUACAGCGUAGUUCAGAAACGCAUAGCAGCUUUUAACGGCACCCAGUGCGGAUUUUGUACUCCGGGAUGGGUUAUGCAUUUAACAAGCCUCGUAGAUAAAGGCCUGAGUAUGGCCGAGUUAGAGAACUCAUUUGGCUGCAACACUUGCCGAUGUACCGGAUACAGACCAAUCUUGGACACAAUCAAAUCGUUCGCGACAGAUGCCAGUCCCAAACUCUGCAAACAAGUCGAAGAUAUAGAAGAACUUACUUGCUGUAAAGAUGAAACCAAAACUUGCGAUCGCAAAUGCUCCACAUGCAGUGACGGCGAUUGGAGUUUAAUUAAUGCACCGAUUAGUCGUGAGAGAAUCAUUAUAAAUUUCGGGAAAACUACCUUUGUUAAAAUCUUUGAGGAGAAUCAGAUAUCUGAGACGAUGAAUCGUUACAGUUCCGAAACAUAUAUGUUUAUUGAUGGAAAUACUGGGAAAGCUGUUAACAAAAAUUUUGAGUAUCCGCCAGUUCUGGUGGACAUCAGCGGCUUGACCUGCUUGAAGCUGUACACCUUUGACCAGAACCUAGUUCUUGGAGCUAACGUCUCUAUCGAAGACGCCAUGGGUAUAUUCAAGAAAUCUGCAAGGAAUGUGGAUGGAUUCGCCUAUUUAGAACAAUUCGCGAAGCAUUUUGACUGGAUCGCACAAAUUCCAGUACGGAAGAUCGGUUCAUUGGCGGGAAACAUUAUGCUGAAGUACAAAGACAACGACUAUACAUCGGAUGUGUUUAUUCUUUUCGAAGCAAUAGGUGCCACAAUUACAAUACGUGACGUUAAUGGUGCUAAAACUUCCUAUUCUAUGAAACAAUUCCUCAAAAUCAACAUGCAGAAUAAAUUGAUCGUCAGUUUUCAACUGCCCCCGCAAGGUUCUACCCAUAUAUUCCGAAGCUACAAGAUCAUGCCGAGAAGUCAAAACGCAUUAGCCAUCGUUAACGCUGCGUUUAGCGCUAAAAUGGACAACGGUAGUACUAUUGACUCAAUAAGCAUUGUCUACGGCAACAUUUCCACCGAUUUCAUUCACGCAAGCCAAACGGAGGCAUAUUUGAAGGGAAAGAAUUUGUUCAGCAACCAAGUGGUUCAAGAAGCAAUAAAUAUUUUGAAUAAAGAAAUUUUACCGAUGGAUAAACCUCCAGCACAGUCUCCUUGGGCAAGAAGGAAAUUGGCGAUAGGACUAUUUUACAAGUUCGUUCUUAGUUUAACUCCGGAUGCAAUCAUCUCUUCACGAUACCAAUCUGGCGGUCAACUUAUCUUCCGACCCGUAUCUAGCGGUGCACAACUCUUCCAAACGGACCCAAAGCUGUAUCCUCUGAAUCAGCCCGUAAUGAAAUUGGAAGCUAUAAUUCAAAGUUCUGGAGAAGCACAAUAUGUUAAUAGCAUACCUCGGUUGCCGAAUGAAGUACACGGUGCGUUUGUAUUAUCCACAGUCCAUAAUGGAGCUGUUGACACGGUAGAUGUAGCAAAUACGUUGAAAUUAGAUGGCGGUUUGGCGUUGUAUACAGCUAAGGAUAUACCAGGAAAGAAUUCUUUUACCUUCCCCGGAAUACAACUUCAAACGGAAAACGAAGAGAUAUUAGCUGACCAAAAUAUAAAAUAUUACGGACAACCCGUAGCAAUAGUGGUAGCCAAAAGCCAAGAUUUAGCUAUACAAGCAGCAAAGAAAGUUAAAGUGACAUACAAAAAUCUUGUAAACACACCACCAAUUUUAACUAUAAAUCAAGCUAAAAAAUUCAGUGACCGAAUUAUGUCAGGUCCUACGAUCGAACCAAAAGGCAGAGGUGAAAAUGUAAAAAAAAUUAUUAAGGGUGUGUUUGAGCUGAAGGCUCAGUAUCAUUAUUACAUGGAACCUUUGUCAUGUGUCACGAUCCCUAUUGAUAGAGGCGUGGAGGUUUUUGACACAUCACAAUGGAUGGAUCUGACACAAAUUGCAGUAGCACAAUGCUUGGGUAUGACAGAAAGCGAUGUCCAUGUAAAGGUGCGUCGCAUAGGGGGCGGAUUCGGUGGAAAAAUCAGUCGUAAUGUUCAAGUAGCAUGCGCUUGCGCCAUUGUAGCGAAGGGAAUGGAUCGCCCUUGUAGAUUCAUAUUACCAUUGGAGACCAAUAUUACUAUUGCAGGAAGGAGAUUACCUUUCCAGUGCGAAUAUGAGGUCGGUGUUGACGACAACGGCAAGAUUCAAUAUCUUAACGCAUCAAUCACAGAGGAUGAUGGUUUUUCUCACAACGAGAAUAUUUUGGAUUUCGUUCGUAGCGGUUUUCCAAACUGUUACAGUACAGAAUACUUUGACUUGAAGACAUACGCUGUUCUUACCGAUUUACCUUCGAACACUUUUGCUAGAGCACCUGGUACACUGGAAGGUAUCGUUAGCAUUGAAAAUAUUAUGGAACAUAUUGCCUUUGCCGUAAAGAAAGAUCCAACUGAUGUUCGUUUAACCAAUAUGAGAACAGAAGACAAUGAUUUACCAGAACUUAUAGCAAACCUUAAAGUUAAGGCUGAUUACGAAAAGAGGCUAAAAUAUAUCAAAACGUUUAACAAAAACAACAGAUGGAUGAAAAAGGCAAUCAAAAUAAACGUAAUGCUGUUCCCCGUUCAAUUUUAUGGGAACUACACGGCGAUGGUAUCUGUGUACCGUGGUGAUGGCACAGUGACGGUUACGACUGGUGGCGUUGAAAUGGGUCAAGGAGUUAAUACAAAGGCUGCUCAGGUCUGCGCUUACGAACUGGGAAUCCCACUUGAAAACGUAUCGGUCAUUCCUAACUACUCAUUUGUGGCUGCAAAUAACGUUUUCUCAGGCUCCAGUAUUGUGAGUGAAUGCGUAUGCUACUCAAUCAUAAAAGCGUGUAGCACUUUGAAGCAACGACUUAAUCCUUUAAAAGACACAAUGAACAAUCCAACGUGGAAAGAGUUGAUUAAGAAGGCUGGUGAUGAACAAGUUGAUUUGACGGCGACUUAUACGAUGACUGACAAAGAACCUGAUUUGAAAAAUUAUAGUGCAUUUGCUGUUACAAUUUUGGAGGUUUCAUUGGAUGUGUUAACUGGAAAGUUUCAAAUGGACAGAUGUGAUAUAUUGGAGGAUGUUGGAUUAAGUGCUAAUCCAAAUAUCGAUGUUGGUCAGAUUGAAGGUGCUUACGUACAAGGAAUUAGUUACUUGACAUCUGAGCAUUUGAUCUACGAUAAAAAGACGGGCAAAUUGAUAACAAACACAGGGCUUGAGUAUGAAGUGUGUCUGGCUAGGGAUAUUCCAGUUGACUUCAGAGUUCACUUGAGAAACAACUCUAAAAACCCCAAAGGCGUUAUGGGAUCCAAAGCCGUUGGGGAGAUGGGCGUAGUGACCACGCACGGUAUCAUUUACGCUUUGAGGCAAUGCAUAAUGGAAUCGCGCAAGGAUUCCGGAUACGAUCCCAAUGAAUGGAUUGAUCUUGAAAUACCUCUUACAACGCAGUCGAUACUCAAAGCGAUGGAUGUGAAGCUAGGCGAGAUGCAGUUAUCAUAAUUAUGAUAAAUUCUAAAUGGGCUUUUCAACGUUUUCGAUUUCGCUGUUAGUUUUUAGAAAUUACAUUCUAAGACUGGACUUCAUAUAUCCAAAAUUGAAUUUC